ACCCCUCUAUAACCUUCCUCUUAUAUCAUCCCAAACCCUUCUCUAAUAAUAAUAAUCAUACCCAAAUUUAACUUGUAACACAAUGGCCUCCGCUAAGACCACUUCAGCACUAGCCCUCUUUCUCUCUUUCAACCUUCUUAUGUUCUCCACCACCAUUCAUGCAAGUUAUUCUCCUUACACUCCCUCUGUACCUUCAAGCGGAGGUGGAGGUGGAGGAGGCAUUGUAGGUGGAGGUGGAGGUAGCGGUGGAGGUGGAGGAGGCAUUGUAGGUGGAGGUGGAGGUAGCGGUGGAGGUGGAGGAGGCAUUGUAGGUGGCGGUGGGGGAUCAUCUAGGGGAACAUGUCCUCUUGACACCUUAAAAUUAGGGGUAUGUGCCAACUUACUUGGGAACCUUCUUAACCUUCAAAUAGGUACUCCUCCAGUUCAGCCAUGCUGCUCCUUGAUCCAAGGCCUUGCAGACCUUGAGGCUGCUGUUUGCCUAUGUACUGUGAUUAGAGCUAAUGUUUUGAACCUCAUCAACCUCAAUUUGCCUGUUAACCUAAGCUUGCUUCUCAAUGCAUGUGGGAGGAGAGCUCCCAGGGGCUUCCAGUGUCCUUGAUUAAUUAGGGGAUCAUUUGUCUUCUAAACAAACAAAUUUGCUCUAGUUAUGAAUUGUGUUUAAAGUACGUGUGUGUGUGUGUUCGUCGCAUUUAUUAUUAUGCAGAGUGGUUUGUUGAAGUAUAAUCUCAUCUAUUUGGUAUGGUGUAAUAUUGUGCUUUGUUAAAAGUAAGCACGCUUUAUGUUUAAUUUGUUUUUGUACAAUCAUUUGAUGAUGGUGAAUAAAGGAUUAAAGUACACUACGUAAAUGUAUGUGAGUAAGUGCUUAAACGUUUUGUUUCUUUGUGUAAUAUAGCAUCAAAAUUACACAGCCAUGCAUUAUUAAUAUAAUAAUAUAUCUAUGUCAUAA